AUGUUCACGAAAGACAGCAACCGCCUGAUAUUCUCCUUCGAUGCCGAACAGCUAUGGGUCGAGCCAUGGGGAGCAAACGCCCUUCGCAUCAGAGCAACAAAGAUGAGCACCAUGCCAUCAGACAGCUGGGCACUGCUAGAACCCGUCAAAGCCUCACCGACAAUUGAUAUCAGCGACGAUUUCGCCUCCCUUGCCAACGGCACCAUCAAGGCCACUAUCACCAAGCGCGGGAAACUCACAAUCCACAAUUCUGCCGGCAAGCUGCUGCUCGAGGAAUUCGCCCGCCACCGCCGCGACGUGCGAGAUCCGAAAACCUCCGCGCUCGAAAUCGAAGCUCGAGAGUUCAAGCCCAUCACCGGCGGCGAUUAUCAAUUGACAGCUAGAUUCGAAAGUUUGGAUCCAAAGGAGAAAAUCUACGGUAUGGGACAAUACCAGCAGCCGUACCUCGACAUCAAGGGCACGCAGCUUGAACUCGCGCACCGCAAUUCUCAGGCUAGCGUGCCGUUUGCAGUAUCGUCAAGGGGGUACGGCUUCCUGUGGAACAACCCCAGUAUCGGCAAAGCUAUAUUCGGCAAGAACGUGAUGAGUUUUGAAGCGCUAUCUACCAAGGCGCUGGACUAUUGGGUUGUAGCUGGCGACACGCCUGCGCAGAUUGUCGAGAGCUAUGCAGAUGCGACGGGAAAAGUGCCCAUGAUGCCGGAGUACGGACUGGGCUUCUGGCAGUGUAAGCUCAGGUAUCAAACGCAGGAGGAGCUUCUUGAAGUAGCACGCGAAUACAAAAGACGGGAGCUUCCCAUCGAUCUCAUCGUCAUCGAUUUCUUCCACUGGCCGAAGCAGGGAGAUUGGAAGUUCGACGAAACGUACUGGCCUGAUCCGGACGCCAUGAUAGAAGAGCUGAAGGAAAUGGGAAUAGAGCUCAUGGUCUCGGUAUGGCCGACUGUAGACCGUCACUCCGAGAACUUCGAAGAGAUGGUCGAGAAAGGGUAUCUUAUCCGCACCGAUCGCGGCGUACGCAUAGCCAUGACUUUCCAGGGUAACACCGUGCACUUUGACCCCACGAACCCUGGUUCCCGGGCGUACGUCUGGGGUAAGGCAAAGCAGAACUACUUCGAUAAAGGCAUCAAGGUGUUCUGGCUGGACGAAGCCGAGCCGGAAUACCGUGUCUACGACUUUGAUAAUUACAGGUACCAUGCAGGCCCCAACAUCGCUAUCGGUAACACCUACCCCCUCGAAUAUGCACGCACUUUCUACGAAGGUCAGAGUGCCGCUGGUCAGACGCAGAUCGUAAACCUCAUCCGCUGCGCAUGGGCCGGCAGCCAGAAGUACGGGGCACUCGUCUGGAGCGGGGACAUCGCUUCCUCGUGGGACAGUCUGCGAAGCCAACUAGCAGCAGGCUUGAACAUGGGACUCAGCGGCCUUCCAUGGUGGACCACCGACAUCGGAGGAUUCCACGGCGGUGAUCCACGAGACGAGGCGUUCCGAGAAAUAUUUGUGCGAUGGUUCCAGUGGGGGACAUUUUGUCCGGUUAUGCGGCUACACGGGGACCGAGAGCCUCGACAGCCGCAGCAUGGGACGACGGGCGGGGCGGCAUGUAGGUCUGGUGCGCCAAAUGAAGUGUGGAGCUACGGGGAAGAGGUUUAUGGCAUAUGUAAGAGGUAUCUGGGUAUAAGGGAGGAGCUCAGGGAGUACACGAGGCAGUUGAUGAGGGAGGCAAGCGAAAAGGGGAGUCCAGUGAUAAGGACAUUGUUUUAUGUUUUCCCGGAUGACGAGAGAUGUUGGGAGGUUGAGGAGGCGUACAUGUAUGGUGAUAGGUAUCUAGUGAGUCCGGUACUUGCGGCGGGUAAGAGGAAUUUGCAGGUGUAUCUUCCGAAAGGAGCCGAGUGGAGAGAUUAUUGGGGCGAGAAGGCGUGGGAUGGUGGUCAGACAGUGGAAGUCGAGUGUCCACUUCAAAGGAUCCCGGUGUUUGUGCGGCAGUGA